AUGAAGAUGUGCAAAGACAAAACUAAGAGCCCAAGCGAGCACUUGUUCGUCUUCCCCAAGACGAUGUUUAACAGGACCGCAGUGAUGGUCAAAUUUCUGAAUGAGACGUGUGUCCCAGACACGGUCCUUAGCAUCACCUGCUACCUGCGCAGCUCUCGGUGUCACGACGAAGUCUACAUCAACGAAAAGAAAGCCCUCAGCUACCUGAACAGAUACCAAUACACAGACAGCGUCGUGGGGGGCGGCCAGUACGUCUACGAUACCAAACAGAUCGACUGUCACAGUCUCAAUGAGCUGCACACUUGGGAACUUCCUCUGCCCCGGAAGCUGGAACUUCCACAAGAGUUCCGGGCUCCCAGUUUGGGCCCGCCUGGCAAGACGAAGAGGGAAGCCCCCGAAGCGCCAAAAGACCAGAACACUCCCCCCAAUAAGAAGCCGGAAUCCGCACCAAAGCCCGGCACAGAGCAGAAGGAAGGUGCGGCCCAGGAAAAAGUCCCUGCUUCUGCAGAGGAGGCGAAAGACGGUGUAAAGAAAAAAGACUCUCCGGGGAAGGGGAAAAAAGAGCUGCCAGCGAUGACCACGACAUGGGACGACGGGCCGUACGUCUUCAUCCUCAAGAUCAAAGGAAGCUCCCCAAGAAAAUAG